AAUAUAUAUAAACACUGUCAAGACAUCAUUUGAAACAUUUUUCGAAUGCUUCUUAACAUUAACCACGUGGGUUCAUCUCAUCUUCUCUAAAUAAAAAGAAAAAAUAACAAAAUCAUCUUAUUAAUUAGUGCCCGAAAGCAUAAGCUCGUUAAUUUACUGGAUAAAUCUGAUUUUGACACAUGCUUUUCAAGCUUCUAGGUACUGCCCUUUCCCAACCACACAUUGACGAGUCCCCUGCCCACAUGUCUCCUUCAGCAUUAGCCUUACUUCUUAUCCUCCUCGGAACUCUCUGUUCCUUUAUCUACGUCUCUCGACCAAAACGCCUCAAAAAUGGCCGGAAACUUCCUCCCGGUCCGCGCCCCCUGCCGGUAAUCGGUAACCUCCAUCUGCUAGGAAAGCUUCCACACCUAAAUCUUCACCAUCUAGCCAAAAGAUAUGGCCCCAUCAUGUUAUUAAGGCUAGGCUAUGUACCCACAAUCGUGGUAUCAUCACCUCAAGCCGCCGAACUAUUCCUCAAGACCCAUGACGUUGUUUUUGCAAGCAGGCCCAAAGUCCAAGCCUCGGAAUACUUGUCGUUCGGUGGGAAAGGCAUGGGUUUUACCGAGUACGGUUCCUACCGGCGAACUGUUCGGAAAUGGUGUACUCUACACCUUCUCAGUGGUGUAGAUAUUUUUAAAAUGAUGUGGUCAUUUAAGUGGUUUUUAUAUUAUUAUUUUAUUAUUUAUUUAAAUGAAAUCAGAUAUGAUGAUCAGUUACACUUUUAA